ACUACAUAACUUAUUUGUCCAUCAUGUUUACAACUUGUGAAAACAUUCUUCCCAAAACGGUCAAAGUUUUCUACUUUAAAUUUCAACUGAUCUCUCUAAAUGUCUCGUCGAUCGGUAAAAGUUGCAGUCAUCGGCGCCGGAGUAUCCGGCCUCAUCGCCGCCCGUGAGCUACAACGCGAAGGCCACAACGUCGUCGUUUUCGAAAAAAACAACCGAAUAGGAGGAACCUGGGUAUACGACCCCAAAACAGAAUCCGACCCACUUAGCAUUAACCCGACCCGAGAAACCGUUCACAGCAGCGUUUACCAUUCGCUACGCACAAAUCUUCCAAGACAAAUCAUGGGGUUUUUAGAUUACCCGUUCGCGAAGCGCGAUUCGGGUGACCCGAGAUCGUUUCCGGGUCACGAGGAAGUGCUUCGUUUUUUGGAGGAGUUUGCGGGUGAGUUCGGGAUUUGUGGGUUGACCCGAUUUGGAACGGAGGUUGUGAAGGUUGAGAGGGAAGGGAAUGAGUGGGUUGUUGAGUGGAGGUUGACUCGGGGUGAUGACUCAGUGAGUCGAGAAGUGUUUGAAGCGGUUGUUGUUUGUUCGGGUCAUUUUGUUGAACCGAAACUUGGUUUGGUUCAUGGAAUUGAAAAGUGGCGUCGCUUUCAAAUGCAUUCUCAUAAUUAUAGAGUUCCUCAUUCUUUCAAAGACCAGGUUGUGAUUUUAAUUGGGCUAGGACCUAGUUCAUUUGACAUCUCAAGAGAUAUUGCAGGAGUAGCAAAGGAAGUUCAUGUUGCAACAAGACUGAAUCCAGAUUUGAAGCAUAUGAAGUUAGAAAAUGUUCGCAAUAUAUAUUUCCAUACUUUGAUUAAAUGUGUCAAUGAAGAUGGCUUGGUUGCUUUUGAAGAUGGAUUUUCUAUUUAUGCAGAUGCCAUAAUUCACUGUACAGGGUACAAAUACCACCAUCCUUUCCUAGAAACCAAUGGAAUAGUAACCAUUGAGGAUAAUCGCGUUGGGCCACUGUACAAACACGUUUUUCCUCCUGCACUGGCUCCAUGGCUCUCUUUCAUUGGUUUAAUAUUUAAGGAUACUCUUUUCCAUGUAAUUGAGUUACAAGCCAAAUGGGUUGCAAAAGUUUUAUCUGGUAAGGUUGUUUUACCUACGGAAGAAGAGAUGAUGGAAUCUGUAAAAGAGUUGUAUAAAUUCAUGGAGGAAAAUGGUUUGCCAAAGCGUUACACUCAUUCGCUUCGGCCAUUUCAGGUUGAGUACAAACAUUGGCUAGUGUCAGAGAUUGGGCUACCUCCGUUGGAAGAUUGGAGGGAUAAUAUGUUGAUGGAGUGUUACAAGAAAUUAAUCGAAAUGAACGAAAUGUACAGAGAUGAAUGGGAUGAUAAUUAUUGGGAUUCCAUUAUUCAGAGUGGAUCAGCUUCCUAAAAAUCAAAGAUAUUGAUCAAUAUCUCGUGCUAAUUGUAAAAUUGGGUUGUCUUAAGAAUAUAAUUUGAUGUAUUUGGUUGAA